AUUGGUGCAUUCAUGGUAGCACCCAUGUAGUGGCAUCCUAGCAUGGUCCUACAUAUUAAUUUAUACUUAAUUUUAAUUUUUCUGUAGUGUUAUUUUCUUUGGAAUGAUUUCCCCAACUAAAAUCACUCAUCCUCCUCAUCUGCAAGAAUAGCAAACAAAGCACAGUUUGCCUGCGUCGCCGUGAAUCAGCGGAAGAUGGCGUCGUCCUCCAUAGCCCUACGGGAGAUGCAGCGUGACCUAGAAAACAAAGCGAACGAUCUCAGCCAACUUCAAAAAGAUAUUGCCAAGAACCACCAAGUCCGCAAGAAAUACACCAUUCAGCUCGGAGAAAACGAGCUUGUCGUCAAAGAAUUGGAUCUGUUGGAUGAAGAUGCGAAUGUGUACAAACUGAUUGGGCCGGUUCUGGUGAAGCAGGACCUGGCGGAGGCUAGGGCCAAUGUCAAGAAGCGAAUUGAUUACAUCUCGGCCGAAUUGAAGCGUUUGGAUGCCACUCUUCAAGAUUUAGAAGAAAAGCAGAACAGCAAGAAAGAAAUGAUCUUUAAAUUACAGCAGAGAAUUCAAUCCUCCCAGGCAGGAAAGGGCAAAGCUUAAAUUUACUGUAUUUGGUUCCAGUGAAGAUGAUAUGCAGCUCUGGUAAUUAUGAUUGAUGUGGCACAUUAAUGUAUGGAACAAAGUACUUUGAAUCAAUCACUCGUUAUCAGUUUUGGGAUAAAUGGGAUGUUUUGCCCAAUCAAGUUUAAGAUUUUUAACUGUUGAAGGAAGAUUUGAGCAGACAUUUAGGGGCUGUUUGUUUCAGCCUCUUAAUGAUUCAGAUGUCUGAAUGGUUCAGCACUUAAUGGUUCAGACUGUUUGUUUCAGCCUCUUAAUGGUUCAGAUGUCUGAAUGGUUAAGAGAUUUGCCUCUGAAUGGUUAAGUAUUAUACAGAGUCUGAAUGGUUAAGACCUUUUAUCUGAAUUGAUCAGACAUUUGCCUCUGAAUAGUUAAGCAAUAUACUAGCUCUUAAUGGUUCAGACCUCUUACUGGUUCAGCACUUAAUGGUUCAGACCUCUUAUUGGUUCAGCACUUACCGAUUCAGAAGUUGCCAAACAGCCCCUUAGUAACCUUACAUGUUUGGUUACUGAGAGUGUAAUUAUGCNAUGGGAUGUUUUGCCCAAUCAAGUUUAAGAUUUUUAACUGUUGAAGGAAGAUUUGAGCAGACAUUUAGGGGCUGUUUGUUUCAGCCUCUUAAUGAUUCAGAUGUCUGAAUGGUUCAGCACUUAAUGGUUCAGACUGUUUGUUUCAGCCUCUUAAUGGUUCAGAUGUCUGAAUGGUUAAGAGAUUUGCCUCUGAAUGGUUAAGUAUUAUACAGAGUCUGAAUGGUUAAGACCUUUUAUCUGAAUUGAUCAGACAUUUGCCUCUGAAUAGUUAAGCAAUAUACUAGCUCUUAAUGG